AUGAAAGAUUCAUCCUUUACCGUGACAUUACCAUGCCUUCAACUAGCUGAUCGCUUGGUCUACUUACCUGGGGUUACCUACCGUACAGUGCUUACCAAGGCGGAUGGAGCCCGAAUCCUUUCUAAGUUCACCGAGGUGACCAGUAUGCUGAAUGAUACGCUCCGUCAGGCCAUCAGAGACUACUAUAUUGAACACAAAUCAGAAAAACCGGCAGAAUUAUCACACGACGGUUUGCAGGGUAUCGAGCUGCUAGGGAAGUUUAACAGAUCCAUCUCUGGAGCUCCAUUAAUGGCAUGUCUUCCCGGGGUGGAAGGAGUCAAAACGAAGGGUUGUGCGAUCUGCCAAAUUACGGAAGUACAAGAGUUGCAGUAUAAAACUGUGUUGUGGAUCAAAGCCCAUUAUAGAGGCAGAUCAGUGACUUCUACAGUCAACGACCACGAUGAAGCAGUGUUCACCGUCGACACAAGUGAUUCCCAUGCGAGUGAAUUUGACGAUAAGACUACAAGAUCAUUAGCUUUUGAAGUUAUACUUCCGAAAACUUUACAGCUAUUUGUCAAUAUCGAUAAAUUUGUUGAUGAUUAUCGGGCCGGCGAAAGGAGGAAUACUGACGAUGAUCUACUCAAGCAUCUAUUGCUACGUCUAUCACCGUUGGCUUCACUUAUGUACAGCGAACUUUCUGGAGCCGAGACAUCUGCUGCAUUGCAUAAGUUGCAAAUGCUUUAUUUGUCUGUUAAAACGGGAAAUCAUACUUUGACAGAAUAUCGACAUUUGUUUCAGCUUAAUGACAUAUUGGUGGCUGUAUUUGGCUUCUCUUGUAAGCAAAAAGUGGAGAUUUUAGGUAUGUUCGACGGCAAAGAGAGAUUACAUUACUUCCACAAGUUAAUUGACUUUGCGAACAACUUGUUUGAAAAGUAUCUUGAUAUCGAAUUUGUUUUGGAACAGUGGAAACGCAUGGACGAGAAGAUGGGCCCGGAAGGAGGAAGGAUUCUUAAGACACAGUUUAUCCGCAACUAUUUACGAAACUUGAGACGGAUCAUUGAAGAGGUAGGCACUGCAUCUUCUCAUGGCAAGGCUGAGGACAGAAAGGCAGAAUCUCAAGGUGCUGUUGCCGCUGGUGGAGACAAUGAUGAUACAGAUAUUGCGAAAGUUCAGAAAUUUAUUCAAGGGCUUGAAGACUAUUGCAUCAGUGAGGAUGGUAAGCGGCUUAUUUAUGGAGACUUUAGAAGAAUGAUGAGAAUGGCCCCAAGUUCAUCUGAUUUUCAGGUACUCAGAACAUAUAUGGAUGUAAUUAUGGACAUCCCAUGGCUUCUAAAAACGGAUAACACCGAUCUGUUGUCUUCGCGGAUAGACUUGGAAACUGCUCGUGAUCAGUUAAAUGCAGAUCAUUAUGGAAUGCAGAGUGUGAAAGAGAGGAUAUUGGAAUACUUGGCGGUAUUGAAACUUCAGUCUAGGAUCAGGAUACGGAGGAACUCCUUCAAGCAAAAAGAGAAGGUCAUGAAAGCCAGAAUACCAAUGAGGGAUUCUAGUAAUGCUACCAAAUUUGUUGCCAAGUGGAAACCUUCAAAGCCAACGCAGUCUGCAGAUGGCAGCCCUAAUACAAUGAGAGCUCCUAUUCUUCUUCUUACAGGACCACCCGGAGUUGGAAAAACCUCUUUAGCUCAAUCAGUUGCAUCUACACUUGGGAGAAAAUUUCAACGAGUUUCUCUUGGUGGUCUGAAUGACUUUGCCGAUCUCAAGGGACAUAGAAGAACCUAUGUGGGAGCGAUUCCAGGCCUCAUAGUACAGGCAUUGCGUAGAGCACAGAGUUCAAAUCCUGUGAUUCUAUUGGAUGAGGUGGACAAAAUAGGUGGGGCUUCUCGCAACGGUAAUCCGGAGGCUGCUUUACUUGAAAUUUUGGAUCCUGAACAGAAUUCCAAUUUCCAGGAUCACUACAUCGGAUUCCCAAUUGAUUUGUCCCAAAUCCUAUUCAUUUGCACCGCCAACAAUCAAUGGGAAAUCUGUCCACCCCUUCGUGAUAGAAUGGAGAUAAUUCCUUUGGCAGGUUAUAGCUAUUAUGAGAAGCUAGAGAUCUGCAAGAAAUUUAUAAUUCCCAGGCAGGUGAAGCAAAAUGCUCUGCAGGAAGGAUUGGUUCAGCUUGACGAUCCAACUAUUCUUAAACUUGCCACAGAGUACACCAAUGAAUCUGGUAUUCGAUCACUAGAGCGUUUAGUAUCAUCCAUAUGUCGUAGUAAGGCCAUCGAAUACUCAAACUUGAUGGAUACAUGCAACGAUGAUACGUCUAUACCUUCAGGCUAUACCAGCUAUGUCACCAUCGAAGAUCUCCCAAGGUAUAUUGGGUAUGCAGGACACGUUUCUGACUCCUAUUCGUUUGGUAAACGGGUAACGGCUGUGCAGGAACUUUACGGUAUUGCCAACGGCUUGUCGUACAAUAGUGACGGUUCAGGAUCAUUACUCAACUUUGAGAUGGUAGGACUACCAGGUGAUAAAUCACUAUCCUGUACCGGCAAUUUAGGUGAUGUGUUACUUGAAAGUGCUGAGAUUGCAGAUACUUUGGUUGGAUUUCUCUUGAACAAGCGAAUGCUUACGUCUGCAGAAGGAGAUUUUGACGAUGAGGCGGUAUUAAGAAGGUUUAACAAGACAGAAGUUCAUUUGCACGUCCCGGAGGGUGCAAUAUCCAAGGACGGACCUUCUGCGGGAAUUACAAUGACGAUCUGCUUGUUAUCACUUAUACUUCAAAAGGCAAUUCCGAGUAGUAUAGCUAUGACAGGUGAAAUAACACUCACCGGUAAAAUAUUACCCAUCGGAGGACUUAAGGAGAAGCUAUUAGCAGCCCAUUUAACGGGGAAAAUAAACAAAGUGCUCAUUCCAAGAGCUAAUAGGAAAGAUAUAAUCGAAGAUUACACAUCGAGCAUGAGUGACAGAACCCAAGCACGCGAUUUACUGAGCACUUUGAUGGCUGAGCAAGAUAGAUUACUGAAAACAGACUCCAACAAAGAAUCAUGGUUCAGACAACCAGAGCAAUGGGUGAAAAGAAAAUUGGGAAUUACGCUAAUUUAUGUGGAAGACCUAGCGGACGUAAUCACGGCUGUAUGGAACGGAGAUAUUGUGAUUAGAAAGCUUGAGCACAAUUAUCACAGCAGCAAGGUCAGAAGCCAUAUAUAG